AUUAUAUCAGCUAGUUCAGUGGACUGCUUGCGAGUGGCAUAUGAUCCCCUCAGUAUAGCGGAGCCAUGCUCAAAAGAGGGGGCAAUAUGACAGAGGCAACAGAGAAUCCGUUCGCUUCGCUGCAUUAUUCCAAUGUUUACCUCACCAUACUGGCACUGUUCUGCUUCAAGCUCUUUAUUAAGAUAAGCCUCAACUGCCUCUCCUACUUUUACAUCAUCAGAGGGAACCGCAAGGAGGCAGCCAGGAUAUCUGCAGAGUUCUAUGAUUUUGGUCAAGGACACAGGUCCUGGGCAGACCGCUCACCCUUACAUGAUGCUGCAUGCCAAGGUCGUCUCUUCGCCCUGAGGAAUCUCCUUUUACAGGGCCACAAUGUAAAUGUGGUCACUAUAGACCAUGUGAGUCCUCUCCACGAGGCCUGCUUUGGAGACCAUGUAGCAUGUGCCAGAGCUCUGAUCGCUGCAGGAGCCAAUGUGAACGUCACCACCAUUGACGGGGUAACUCCCCUGUUCAACGCGUGCUCAGUGGGUAGUGUAUCAUGUGCAGAGGUCCUCCUGGAGAACGGGGCCAAACCCGAGGCGCUGGUAUUUCAGCCCUCGCCCAUUCACGAAGCCAGCAGUAAAGGCAGCAGUGAGUGUGUGGAGACUCUAGUCAGAUGGGGAGCAGAUGUGGACUUUGAAAUUCCUCACCUGGGAACGCCCCUCUACACCGCCUGUGUCUCUCAGGAGAUAGAGUGUGUCCGGAGGCUGCUGAGGGAAGGAGCAAAUGUACAGAAAGGUAUAUAUAUGGAAUCUCCCUUACAUGCUGCUGCUGAAAAGGACUGCACAGCCAUUGUUAAGCUGCUGUUGGACUUUGGGGCAGAUAUCAACGCCAGGAACAUGGAGUUCCAGAGACCUGUGGAGGCCGCUCCCCCCAGCAGCCUGACAGAGGGGUUCCUUUUGGUCUAUGAGGCCACGCCCCAACCACUGAGUCAGCUGUGUCGCCAGCGCAUACGUGACUGUGUGGGCCGCGACAGGUUUCACCUCAUCAACCAUCUACCCCUGCCCAAUCCCCUCAAGAACUACCUCCAGUACAGAUGAUAACCAGAGAACGUCACAAUUUCAUACUCUGUGGUGGUGGCUUCUUCCAUAUGUCAAUCAUUCAUGGGAACUCAACAGCCUGCAAUGGUUGAAGGAGCACUUUUGACACAACUGGCACUUUAAGGAAUGAAAUACAUACUUGAUUUAGCUUAUACUUGAUUUUAGUGUGGUUCACAAGAUCAAAUGCUAAAAUUUGGGAUUGGAGCAAUGACCAACAACCAUGGUUUGCUAUGAACAUUUUCAGGGGAAAGAUUCAUGUAAAUCCAGAGCUCAAUUGUAAAACACACUUAGAAAAUGAGUGCCUCUUUUCACUAUUUAGUCAAUAAAAAUGGCUGGCACAUAUGCUCAUACAUGUACAAUAGCACAAUUUAAAGUGCAUGUGUUUUAUGGAAACAUUUGCUUAAUUUGGAUUAUUACACUAUAGUGGUUUAUCACCUUGUUCUAUGAUUUACGUUAAACCUAUGCAUCGGCAAAACUUGAAAUUCACCAAAAUCCUUACCAGCCUAGUGGUUAGAGCGUUGGACUAGUAACCGGAAGGUUGCAAGUUCAAAUCCCCGAACUGACAAGGUACAAAUCUGUCGUUCUGCGCCUGAACAGGCAGUUAACCCACUGUUCCUAGGCCGUCAUUGAAAAUAAGAAUGUGUUCUUAACUGACUUGCCUAGUUAAAUAAAGGUUAAAAAAAAUGAGGGAAAAAAAUUAUGGAGAACAAUUUACUCAUGCAUUCAUAUCCUCCAAGAUAUACAUUUGCUUGCUUGGUGUGUUUUAUUAUGUGCAAUAUCAUUGUCUGAGCUGCAAGCUAUUAUCUUAUUAAAACGCUUUGAAUUCAA